CGAAAAAAUUAAUAAUUUUGAUUAAAUCUGUUCCCAUCACCGAUUGCUCCUGACCUUGUUCUUCCCCUCCUCCGCGGCUCCGCGUGCGCCUGCUUCAUCCCGGCUUCUGCCAUCGUCGAACGAGCCAGCCCUUUCCGCCUGACCGCGCCGCCAUCUCCAGGCCUCCUGCCAUCGGAGCACGUAGCCUCGAAUUCUUCUCUCGCAGCCGUUGCCUGCCUCCUCCUCCUCGCCCCGCUACUUGCACUGGAUGUGCCGAUCCGUCCGGGCUUGGAUUGAUUUCUUCGUUGCGAUUGUGGAAUUUGAACUUUCCUAGAGGCUGCAAUAAGAGUCUGCAUAUUGACAUCCGUUUCAAUGCGAUAAGGAUUUGUGUUGAUUUGGUACCAAAAGAUGGGUGAUGGGGUGGCUUUUGAGGCUGCCAGGAAGAUCAUCAUGCACCCGCUUUAUGCGCCUAAGUCUUCACCUUGGCUUGACUUGAAGGUGUUUUAUGUUAGGGUGAGCAACUGCGUGGUGGAUGAGUCUGCACCAGGGCAUCUCACGCUGAACCAUAUCCCAUUGUCACCAGAUACGGUUAUUGAGGUGAAUGGCCAGCGGAGCAGCAUGCAUACUGAAUUCAUCUCUUCGUCCCUCAGAAGGGACAGGGUCGACAAAAAGACCGAAGAAGCUACAUUUAUCAGCACAGAUAAUAUAAGGGUGACAGGGAGUGUGAGGUUCCAGGUGUUUGAUAAGAACAAUCUAUUGCUCACAGGAGACCUAGAUUUAUGCAAUGCCAAUGGAGUACUUGGGGAAUCGAAGAACAGCAACAAGAAAUGGAAUAUGAAGUGUCAAUCAACAUCAUGUAAUGGCUUCUUGAAGGGAAAGCUGUCCACAGGCUCAGAAUAUGUACAUCCUGUGAUUGAGGUUUAUGUUGCUGGCACUUUCUCUGGCACACCUAUUAUAUUAACAAAGACAAUCCAGCUUAUAUCACGGAGGAAGUCUGAAAUGAAACUAAAGCUCGAUUCCAUCCCUGAGAAUGAAGCAACUGAACAACAGAAAGAAGAUUCAGCCAAAGACUCUUUGAAGGUAUCAAAAUUCCAGGAUUCCAAAGCUGAGACGGAUGUGGAUGUUGACUACAACAGUUUGUACUCAAGGCAGGACAUUCUAGAGGGUGAGGAUGGUGAGCUUUCAUGGUUUAAUGCCGGUGUCCGUGUUGGAGUUGGCAUCGGCCUUGGCGUUUGUGUAGGUAUUGGAUUGGGUGUCGGCCUUCUGGUCCGUACAUACCAAAGCACCAGCAGGAACUUCAGGCGGCGACUGCCCUGAUGGCCAAAUGACCCCCUGAAUGUAGAUGUGUAUUUACCUUGCUCUUGUAGGAAGCUAACUGUCCACCUUCCCUGUCCAUGCUAGUCAUAGAUGAGUGCGGCUUUUUGUUCUUCCCUUUAUGCAGUCACUCUUGUAUCUGAUGCUUUCUUGAUUGCAAUGCCAAUCAUUUUUGCCCCCUGCAAUGUAAAUACGAGUCGAGUCAAAAUAAGAGUGGAGUCAUUUGCUGUUACUGUGAGCAUCAAAUGGUUCUCUCUGGAUUCUGGUGUC